GACGCGGACGACGACAAUCAUAAUCCAUGCAUAGUCCAUGCAUAUUCUCUUGCGUUACAUAAAACUAGCAACGAAUUCUAUACCCACGGAACACUCUGUAGUGUUCGGUUUGACUAUCUACCCAUUGAUAUUGUUGGGCUACUACGUGCCGCAAAGUAGGAUGUAACUCGGACAAGGGCGGUCCCGCUUACAAUCUACGAAACACGAUAUCACAGCGAGUCUACAUCAUCGACGCAAGUGGUAUCUAGUUAUUUGUUCAGGAAAACAAGCGAAUGCAAGGAGCAGAGAGUAAUAUGGCAGAUAUUAAUAGAAGACGACUACCAAACAGGUGUCUUUCUGAUUUCUGCACUGGUUGAAAUGUAUCAGCACAUUUCCGGCCGAUCAAUACUCGGAGCUGUGCAAAUACUGGGAUUGAAGGUAAACAUAUGUCGGUGCCGCGUCUAUGGCAUCUAUGGCAAGAUUAGGAAGAACGUAAUGAUGCUUAUGGCAAGUGACCUAUAUCUGUCGAGCUAUCACUUGGAACAACAUCGACACUGCUAAUUCAGUAUCAGUCAGUGGAAGCCGGGAUCCAUAUCAAUCAUAUGCAAAGAUAUCAAUGACCCAUCUACGCACAUGCUUCAUUCAAGGCUUCCGUCCAUUCAUAAUGUUCAAAUUCAUAUUCAGCGCCGCAACUUAUUCCCGGCAUCUUCAAUAAAAUCUUCCGCAUUGAUCAUCAUGAUUACGAUUUGGGGUUAGAAUAGGGGUGAGGUGUACAGCCGAAGAUACGCAGUGCCCCUAGCGUUAGAUCCCGGGUGGCGGUGUUGUAGUCUGGGUGUCGUCGUCGUUUAUAAUGACUCUUCCCGAACAGCAUGUUUAUAAUCCUUUCUUUCGUCCCACCGAGCUGCCCGCUAUGAAGUUCGCGUUCUUCCGUCGGAAAAAGAGUGACAAAGAAACCUCUUGGGAGGUAGUCGGUUGUAUAGCCAUCGAUCCCGUGCCCGUGUACGACGACGACGACGACCUCGACAUCAGUUAUGUCAGGGAGAUGGACACGUGUGGGACAUACGUCUUCGACAAUCUGAAGCACUUCCCCAGUAAAGCCCAGCUUGCUAAUGCAGUGCUCUUCGCUCAGCAGCAGCUCUUGCACGAGGUGGCGAGAGGGAACUAUCAUGUUCUGCUUCUCGAAGGCUGGCAGCUUACACUCUUUAGGAGAGGCAAGCGGCACCGUAUAAAAGUCGAGUAUACGGGCCGCCCGGCUCACCUAUCAGGAAAGAUACCGCCUCUCCGCCCUCCACCUUUUAUGGCUGUCCUCAAGGGGCAGCAUCUCUUCUCCUAGAUUAUCUCAGUAGAUCUGGUCGUCUUGGUGUAUCAUUUACUUUUUGCGAGAUCCGCGAGUGAGGCCCACUACAUCGUGUAUUUCUACCAUAAUCGUCCUGCUGCAUUCGUGUACAGCUACAACAUCAACUUAUUCAUCGCUGCUCAAUCAUAUCAAGCAAUAUUGUUUUUGUUUGAGACUCACCUGAUCGCAAGCUUUAUAGACUCAUGAUCUCACCCGCUCCACAGAUGCAAAACGUGAUCGUAAAACGAACAGCUAGCAAUCAAACUCUCGCUUUCC